AGUCGGAUAUAGUUAUUUUCCUUCUGAAGUUUCUCCAUGGCGGUGGACACAAAGCACUGAGACCGUGGAAGUCUGCGUUAGAGCAAGGACAAUAAUUCUGGAAGGAACAAACGCAUUUUUAAAGAGAAGCGAUUGAAAGUUUUCCGCAUGGUUUUACUUGUUUUAUCAAGAUUGCGGUAACUGGGUAGUUACCAAUAAGUUGAAAGUUCAAAGGUGUAAUAGAGGGAUUCGUGUAGUUGUAGCUUAAGUUUGAAACGGCUUUUAGAAUAGCUGAGAAUGCGUUGGGUUAUUCAAGUUUUGUUUUCAUUUACUUGUUUGGCUGUCUUCAGCCACAGUGCUAUGGAUGAAUGCACUGACGAUUCGAGUCGUCCUCAGCGAUGCAUGCCAGAGUUUGUCAACGCUGCUUUCAAUGUCACUGUGGUAGCUACCAAUACUUGUGGCUCUCCACCAGAAGAAUACUGCGUACAAACCGGGGUUACGGGGGUCACCAAGUCGUGCCACAUCUGCGAUGCCAGGGAUCGCAGACAACACCACAGUGCUGUGUACCUCACCGAUUACAACAAUCAACAGGACACCACCUGGUGGCAAAGUCAAACUAUGUUAGCGGGCAUCCAGUAUCCACACUCAAUCAAUCUAACUCUUCAUCUUGGCAAGGCUUUCGACAUCACUUACGUGCGACUCAAGUUCCACACCAGCCGCCCAGAGAGCUUCGCCAUCUACAAGCGCACAAGUGAGGAUGGACCAUGGACGCCUUACCAGUACUACAGUGGCUCCUGUGAGAAGACCUACCAGAAGACCAACAGGGGCUUCAUCCGCACCGGACAGGACGAACAACAGGCCCUGUGCACAGACGAGUUCAGCGACAUCUCACCCCUGACUGGAGGAAACGUCGCCUUCUCCACCCUUGAAGGCCGGCCCAGUGCUUACAACUUUGACAACAGCCCAGUUCUUCAGGAYUGGGUGACAGCUACAGAUAUCAAAGUGACCCUGAACAGGCUCAACACAUUCGGAGAUGAAGUUUUCAAUGAUCCCAAGGUCCUGAAAUCCUACUACUACGCUAUCUCAGACUUUGCAGUGGGAGGAAGGUGCAAGUGCAACGGCCAUGCGAGUGAGUGUGCGAAAAACAACGGUUUCGGCAAACCGGUUUGCAACUGCAAGCACAACACGGAGGGCGAUGACUGCAAUGUGUGCAAGCCGUUCUACAACGACCGUCCCUGGAGGAGAGCUACAGCCAAUAACCCUAACGAGUGUCUGCCGUGCAACUGUAAUGGCAAGAGUGCAGAGUGCUACUUUGACCCUGAGCUCUACCGUGCCACUGGCCACGGAGGACACUGCCGCAACUGUGCCGACUACACAGACGGGCCCAACUGUGAGCGCUGCCUGGACAACUACUACAGACACACAUCUGGCACCCGCUGCCUGCCCUGCAGCUGCAACCCAGUAGGCUCUCUGGCCACUCAGUGUGAUAACACAGGACGCUGCAGCUGUAAACCAGGUGUGAUGGGGGACAAGUGUGACCGCUGCCAACCUGGCUUUCACACGUUGACCGAAGCAGGCUGCAGACCUUGCUCCUGUAACCCUUCCGGAAGCACACAGGAGUGUGAUGUCCAGACAGGCCGUUGCCAGUGCAAGGACAACGUGGAGGGCUUCAGCUGUGACAGGUGUAAGCUGGGCUACUUCAACAUGGACCCCCAGAACCCUCAGGGUUGCACUCCGUGCUUCUGCUUCCAGCAUUCAUCUGUCUGUGACAGCGCUGAAGGCUACAGCAUUGACACAGUCUCCUCCACCUUCGACCGAGAUGAUGAGCAGUGGACAGGCCAGCAGCGUGACAGCUCCAGUGUUUCAGUCCAGUGGUCUGCUGGUGGAGAGAUCUCCCUCAUCUCCGAUGACUACUUCCCAAUCUACUUUGUGGCUCCAGAGAUGUUCCUGGGCAAUCAGCUGCUGAGCUAUGGCCAGAAUCUCACCCUGAACUUCCGGGUGGACAGGAGAGACACGCGCCUCUCAGCCGAGGAUGUGGUUCUGGAGGGGGCUGGUCUCAGAGUGGCUGUGCCUCUCAUUGCUCAGGGAAAUGCCUAUCCUGGAGAGAACAUGCAGACGUUUGUGUUCAGGCUCCACGACAGCACAGACUACCCCUGGAGGCCCACCCUCACUCACUCAGAGUUCCAGAAGCUUCUGCACAAUCUGACGUCCAUCAAGAUCCGUGGCACCUACAGCGAGAGAAGUGCUGGUUACCUUGACGAUGUGAAGCUGAUCACGGCGAGGAGAGGUCCCGGGAGCCCGGCUCGCUGGGUAGAGAAGUGUACCUGCCCUCAAGGCUACGUGGGACAGCACUGUGAGAGGUGCGCCCUGGGAUACAGGAGGAGCAGACCAGACCUGGGGCCCUUCAGUUCCUGUGACUCCUGCAACUGUAACGGACACAGUGACACGUGCAACCCCGACACAGGGAUGUGUGACUGCCAACACAACACAGCUGGGCUCAGUUGUGAGAGGUGUAAAGACGGUUACUAUGGAGACUCCACUGUGGGCAGUUCCAGCGACUGCAAGCCCUGCCCCUGCCCCGGAGGAUCCACUUGUGCUGUUGUGCCCAAGACCAAGGAGGUUGUCUGCACCAACUGUCCUACUGGAACCACAGGCAAGCGCUGCGAGCUGUGUGAUGACGGUUUCUUCGGAGACCCCCUGGGGGAGAACGGGCAGGUGAGGGUCUGUCGGGCCUGUAAGUGUAGCGACAACAUCGACCCCAACGCUGUGGGCAACUGUGACAGAGAGACCGGGGAGUGCCUCAAGUGUAUCUACAACACAGACGGCUUCUUCUGUGACCGCUGCAAAGAGGGCUUCUAUGGAAACCCUCUGGCCACCAACGCCAAUGACAAGUGCAAAGCCUGCUCCUGCUCUCCAUAUGGCACAGUGGACAGACAGACCAGCUGUCUACAGGUCACAGGCCAGUGCCAGUGUUUCCCCCACGUCACCAACAGGGACUGCAGCGCAUGUCAGCCUGGCUUCUUCAACCUGCGGAGCGGAACAGGCUGUGAACAAUGCAACUGCAAUUCUAUUGGGUCCACCAACGGUCAGUGUGACAUCGGUUCCGGUCAGUGUGAAUGCCAGCCCGGCGUCACCGGUCAGCACUGUGAACGAUGUGAGGUCAACUUCUUCGGAUUCGGAUUGUCAGGCUGCAAACCGUGCGACUGUGACCCAGAGGGCUCCUCGACGGCCCAGUGUAAAGAAGAUGGCCGCUGUGCGUGCCUUCCAGGCUUUGUGGGAGCCAGGUGUGACAUGUGUGAGGAGAACUACUUCUACAACCGCUCUACUCCCGGCUGCCAGCAGUGUCCGUCCUGUUACUCCCUCGUCAGAGACAAGGUGAACCAGCAGAGACAGAAGCUGCAUGACCUGCAGACUUUGAUUGACAACCUGGGCUCCACAUCAGAGACUGUGAGUGACAAGGCGUUUGAGGACCGACUGAAGGAGGCAGAGAAAUCCAUCAUGGACCUACUGGACGAGGCUCAGACCAGCAAAGAUGUGGACAAAGGCCUGCUGGAACGCCUGGGGAAACUGAACAGCACACUGACCACUCAGUGGAAUCGUCUGCAGAACAUCAGGAACACCGUGGACAACACCGGAACCCAGGCCGACAAGGCCCGCAACCGGGUACGAGAUGCUGAGAGCCUGAUCGGCCGCGCCCGCGAGGAACUGGACAAGGCCAAGGACGCCAUCAGCAAACUGGACAUCAAAGCACCCUCAAUCAGUGGAGAUCCUAACAACAUGACCCUUCUGGCAGAGGAGGCUCGCAAUCUGGCCGACAAACAUAAAAUGGACGCGGAUCAAAUUGAGAAGAUCGCCAAGGAUGCCAACGACACGUCCACCAAGGCUCUCAACCUGCUGACAAAGACUCUAGAUGGCGAGGGCAAGACCAACCAAGACAUUGAUGAGCUCAACAGGAAGUACAAUGAGGCAAAGGACCUGGCCAAGAACCUGGAGAAACAGGCCAACAAGGUGCAUGCUGAGGCAGAGGAGGCAGGCGACAAAGCCCUGAAGAUCUACGCUAACCUGACAAGCCUGCCACCUUUCAACACCAAAUCACUGGAGGACGAAGCGAGCAAGAUCAAGAAGGAAGCGUCUGACCUGGACAAGCUGAUUGACAAGACCGAGAAAGAGUACAACGACUUGAGGGACGACCUGAGAGGGAAGGAGACUGAGGUCCGCAAGCUGCUGGAGAAGGGCAAGACGGAGCAGCAGACUGCCGAUCAGUUGCUGGCUCGUGUCGAUGCUGCCAAGGCGCUGGCUGAGGAGGCCGCCAAGAAGGGGAGGACCACCUACCAGGAGGCCCAACACAUUCUGGGAAAUCUGAGAGAUUUUGACAAGCGGGUGAAUGACAACAAGACGGCAGCUGAGGACGCCAUGAAGAGAAUCCCAGAGAUCAACGCUACCAUCAUCGCGGCCAAUGAGAAGACCAAGCAGGCUGAGGGGGCACUAGGCAACGCAGCUGCAGACGCCAAGGAGGCCAAGAGCAAGGCAGAGGAGGCAGAAAAGAUAGCCAGCGCUGUGCAGAAGGGUUCUGCUAAGACCAAGGCGGAUGCAGAGAAGGCCUUUGAGGACACUAUGAUGCUGGAUGGGGAGGUGAACGGCAUGAUGGACCAGCUGAGUGCAGCCGAGGCAGAGCUGGCCAAGAAGAAAGCUGAGGCCGACCAGGACAUGAUGAUGGCUAGCAUGGCAUCAGACAAUGCGAAGGAAGCAGAGGACAACGCCCGCAAAGCCAAGAGUGCUGUCAGGACCGUUCUCAACACCAUCAACGACCUGCUCAAGUCACUGGGCAACAUUGACAAGGUGGACCUGAGCAAGUUGGGCUUGAUUGAAGGGUCACUGAAGCAGGCCAAGGACAAAAUGGCGAACAGCGACCUGGACCACAAGCUGGCGGAGCUGAAUGAUGUGGCCAAGAGCCAAGAGGAGAUGAUCACCGACUACGACAGGCAGAUCAGGGAGAUCCGGUCUGACAUCGCCAACCUCAACGACAUCAAGAACACUUUACCUGACGGCUGCUUCAACACCCCAUCCCUAGAGCGACCUUAACCCUCUCUCUCUCCACCACCUGUACCCUCCUUCCUCAUAUCCCGUCUGUACCGCUCCUUCCUCAUAUCCCGUCUGUACCGCUCCUUCCUCAUAU